AUGUGGAAAAAGAACCACAAAAGGAGCAUUAAUGACGCCGUGUCAAAGAACAUCACCUUGGUUUUGGAGAAUUUGCUUAAGAAUUACGAAAAUUCACAACUCCCUACUCAUGGAAAAGGCUAUCCAACGGUCGUUCAAACGAACAUCUUAAUCAGAAGUAUGGGUCCUGUGUCCGAACUAGACAUGGAUUACUCAAUGGAUUGUUACUUUAGGCAGUAUUGGCGCGACACGCGUCUGUCGUUUCUCGGCCCAAUUCGCUCCCUCUCCUUGUCCAUCAAAAUGUUGGAGAGAAUAUGGCGCCCCGACACGUACUUCUACAAUGGAAAGCACUCCUAUGUUCACACUAUUACGGUACCCAACAAACUAUUGCGUAUCAGUCAACAUGGUGAUAUAUUGUAUUCUAUGAGAUUGACGAUUAAAGCGAAAUGUCCGAUGGAGUUGCGCAAUUUUCCAAUGGAUAGACAGUCUUGUCCCCUCAUACUCGGGAGCUACGCAUACUCCAACCAACAAUUGGUGUACCAAUGGCAGAAUUCGCAGAGCGUAAAUUUCGUACCCGGCAUGACGCUUUCGCAGUUCGAUCUCAUUAGUUUUCCUUAUCGGAAUUUUACGUUUACAAGAAGAGAAGGUGAUUUCUCCGUACUCCAAGUAUCGUUCAAUCUUAAGCGCCAUACAGGUUAUUUCCUAAUUCAAGUGUAUGUUCCCUGCAUUCUAAUAGUAGUGCUAUCUUGGGUUUCGUUUUGGAUUCAUCGCGAGGCUACUUCCGAUCGUGUCGGUUUGGGAAUAACAACAGUUUUGACUCUAUCAACAAUCAGUUUAGAUUCAAGGACCGAUUUGCCCAAAGUGCGCUAUGCCACUGCUCUUGACUGGUUUUUACUUAUGAGCUUCUUUUACUGCAUUGCCACUUUGCUUGAAUUUGCUGGAGUACACUAUUUCACCAAGGUUGGGUCGGGUGAAAUAGUUAUUGACGACUCAGAGUGGGAGGAACUUAUCGAAGAAGUAGGAGGUGACGCGUUCGCUGCUAGACAACUAGCCGCAAGAAGACGGAGCUCAUCUCGGUCCGUCACGAACUUCACCUCGCCGUCACAAGGCAACUGUGCUAGCGACGCUGAUGGCUUACCACCGCCGCCGGAACAGACAUCCGUCCGCCUAACUAUGGAGCGUACCACGCAGACUGAAAGAAGGGUGCCUCGCUGGAGACAGCUUUUGUACUGUCUAGCGGGCGAUGACCGCUACCGAAGGCAGCGACAAUUAGAGGCCGGCAAACGUGGCCACAUCAACAGCGUAUCACACAUCGAUAAAGCCGCUCGCAUUCUAUUUCCCGCUUCGUUUGCACUACUGAACCUCUUCUACUGGAUGAUAUACGCCUUGUCCAGCGAUGACUUCGCAUGGAGCGAUAAUCCCAUGAACACACUAUCUCAU